AUGACAGAUGGGCUGCCACCGUGCCCUCCGCACGGAGCACUGACGGAGCUCGGUGUUCCCAUCUGUCCCACGUGGGCCUCCCUGGGGCACGUGUCCAACUGUCCCACGUGGGCCUCCCUGGGGCGCGUGUCCAACUGUCCCACGUGGGCCGCCCUGGUGUGCGUGGGUCCUGAAUCAGCCCCUGCAGGGCAGUGGACCCCCACCCCCACUGUGGAGGGGGUGGCCGCCUGGCACUGGCACGGAUCCUUGGGCGGCAGGUCGUGUUGGGACAUGCAUGCCUCACAGGGGCCGCACCUGAGCGACGAAGUACACCAGCUCAUGGUGACCACUGCCUGCCAUGACGCCGGCCAUGGCUCCUUCAUCCGUGAGAGGUGCCUCCGGCAGUUCCAGGAAGACAUGGAGACCCUGGGCCAAAGCCUCUGGUGCGACUGGGGCAGGACCAUCAGGAGUUAUGAAGCUCUCACCCAGUGCACCAGACAAGUGGCCAGCAGUCUGAACUGUUUCUGGCCAAACGCCGAGGUGGACCGCUUCUUUGUGGCUGUCCACCAGCAGUACUUCAGGACCUGCCCUGCGACCGGACGUGCCCUAAGUGAUCCCCCCAACAGCGUGCUCUGCCCUUUCCUCGUGGUGCCCGUCCUGUUGACCUUGGGUGUGACCAUGCUGGUGGUCUGGCAGAGCCAGCCCAAGGAAGGCAUUGUGUAG